AUGCCUCCCGCAACCACCACCCAGAUGAGCACCGAGGGCCGGGGCGACUACGAAACCGACUCGCGCUGGACCUCCAUCGACGCCUACACCAUGUCCCACCUGCACCCGCCCUCCCGCCCGAACCACUCCGCCCUAACCCGCACCCUGCGCGCCUGCGACGCCCACGGCCUUCCCGACAUCGGCUGCCCCUCCCCCCUCGGCAAAUCCUUCGCCCUGCAGUGCCGCAUGCUGGGCGUGCGGCGCGCCCUCGAACGUCGAACGCGACCCUCGGCGCCGGGCGCGGACGUGCUGCCCCGCCUCCACGCGGAGGUCGAAUCCGGCGCGCGCGAGCGGUUCGGCUUCGCCUUCAUCGACGCGGACAAGGUGAACAACCACCGCUACUUCGACUGGGCGGUCCGGAUGAGCGUGCCGGGGGCGUGCAUUUGCGUGGACAAUGUGGUGAGUAAGGGCAAGUUGGCCAUGGCGGAGGAGGCGGCGCGGAACGAUAUGGUGCGGGGGGCGAGGGAGUGUGUGGAGAGGGUGGGGGCGGAUGAGAGGGUCGAGGCCACCGUGUUGCAGACGGAGGGGGAGAAGGAUUAUGAUGGGUAUGUUUGUUCUGCCGCUUUUGGUGCCCUUUGA